GCCGCCUCAUUCAGGCGGCGCUUGGACUCGGCCCGGCUCAGCUCCGGUCGGUGCUUCCCCCGGUACAACCGGUCCCGCCGCUCGGCCCCGGCCCGGCCAUGCUGGCCGCAGCAUGGCCCCUGUGGAACAGGACGCGCUGGCCGUGCGGCAGCAGCUCUUCCACGAGAGGGUCCGCGAGUGUAUUAUCUGUGCUCUGCUCUUCGCCAGCCUCUACAUCCUCUGCCACUUCAUCAUAACCCAUUUCAAGAAGCACACGGACUUUGCGGCAGUGCACGAUGAUGAGGAUGCUGCUGUCAACAGGAUUGCACUGGGGCUGUGCACCUUCACCCUGGCCGUGGCGCUGGGCGCCGUCCUCCUGCUGCCCUUCUCCAUCAUCAGCAACGAGGUGCUGCUCUCCUUCCCCCAGAACUACUACAUCCAGUGGCUGAACGGGUCCCUUGUCCACGGCCUCUGGAACUUGGUCUUCCUCUUCUCCAAUCUGUCCCUCGUGUUCCUCAUGCCCUUUGCCUACUUCUUCACCGAGUCAGAGGGCUUUGCGGGAUCCAAGAAGGGCAUCAUGGCCAGGGUGUACGAGACGUCGGUGGUGCUGCUGCUGCUGACGCUGCUGGUGUUGGGCAUGGUCUGGGUGGCCUCCGCCAUCGUCAGCAAUGACGCGGCCAGCCGCCAGUCGCUCUACGACCUCUGGGAAUUCUACCUGCCCUACCUCUACUCCUGCAUCUCGCUCUUCGGCGUGCUGCUUCUGCUGCUGUGCACCCCCUUCGGCCUCUCCACCAUGUUCACCGUCACGGGGAAGCUUCUGGUGAAACCCCGGCUCCUAGAAGACCUGGACGAGCAAUUGAGCUGCACAAGGCUCGAGGAAGCCGCCGUGUCCCGCAGGAUUUCCUCCAGCAAAGCUUCCUGCUGGCUGAACCUGAACGUGGAGCUGCUGCGGGAGCAGUUCUUCGCCAUCCGGAGCAAGAGGCGGAAGCUGGAGCUGCGGCACCGAGCGUCACCCUGGCAGAGGAACCUGGGCUACCCCCUGGCCAUGCUGGGCCUGCUGGCACUGACGGGCAUCUCCGUCCUCAUCGUCUGCUUCCACGUCCUGGAGCUGCUGCUGGACGAUGCCGCGAUGCCACGGGGCAUCCAGGACGCGUCCCUGGGCCAGGUCUCCUUCUCCAUCUUCGGUUCCUUCGGAGCUGCCCUGCAGGUCAUCCUCAUCUUUUACCUGAUGAUCUCCUCCGUCGUGGGGUUCUACAGCUCGCCCCUCUUCACCCGGCUGCUCCCCGAGAGGCAGGACACCCCCCUCACCAAGAUCAUCGGGAACUGCGUCUCCUUGCUGGUGCUCAGCUCGGCCCUGCCCGUCUUCUCCAGGACGCUGGGGAUCACCCGUUUCGACCUCCUGGGGGACUUCGGCCGUUUCAACUGGCUGGGGAACUUCUACAUCGUCUUCCUCUACAACAUGGGCUUCGCGGGGCUCACCACCCUCUGCCUGGUGAAAAGGGUCUCCUGGGCUGUCCAGGCUGAGCUCAUCCGCGCCUUCGGUCUGCACAAGCUGCCACUGCCUGUGACACGCUCCCGGCCCCUCGGCAAGCCCUGCUAGGGCUGGGGGACAGGGACAUGUGUGUGUGUGUGUGUGUCCCCACCACGGUGGCCCCCAGGACAGCCACCAGCCACGGAGCCAGCUCUGACGGCGCCUGGUGCUUCAGGGAUGUCAGAAACCCCCAGGAAAAGCCGAGAACCUCCCCCCCCCCGCUCCCCCAAAUUCCCAGUCCCGCUCUAUCUCAGCCUGUUGUGCUACUGAGCCUCGGCCUUGAGCCGUGUGGGGUCCCCCGGGGGCUGCGCUGGCUGUGGCCCCCCCUCCCAGUUUACAUACCUCAUGCAAAAGCAGCCGGGUCCCCCCCUUGCCCCCCCCCGGUGCUGCCCCAGAAGCUCCCUGGGGUGCAGUUGUGUUUUAAAUGUGUGUGUGUCCCCAUGGGAGUUGGUAUGAUACUACAGUGGGGGCCCUGUGGCCCCCUGCCCAGUCACUCCACACCCUGUCCCGAUGUCACCCCAGGGCUACUGGGGGGCAUUGCUUGGCCCCCACCCUGAGGUCUUCAGGGUCCCCAGGGGCUGGAGGGUCCUGGGGUGCUGGGAAUGAGCCCCCCCUCCCCGCCCCCGGCAGCUUGGUGUGACGAGUCUGUCAGGUCUCUGUUACCAUGGAACUUGUAUGGAGCAAUAAAGUCUCUUUUUUUUUAUAUA